UCCUAUUUCAUCUUCAACUUCCUCAACUAUAAAUACCCUUAUUAGCUAAUUAAACUCAAACCAUAUAUUUAUGCACAUUCACAUAUGUGAAUGUUUUGCUUUAGCUAAGCAUUUUAUUUUAAUUCGAUCAAUCAAUAACCAAAUAUCAUACAAUUUAAUUAAGCAGAAGUGAAGUAGAAGAGAAUCAUGGAGUUUGUUGAAGAGCGUGAGAUGCAACGCGAAGGGGAAAUAGAAGAGGAUUAUGGAAACUCCGGCGCGGCGGCGGGAGGCGGCGGGAGGAAGAGCACCGGCUACGGCUAUUACUUUCGGUACAGAGAAUGCCUAAAGAACCACGCGGUGGGGAUUGGAGGGCACGCGCUGGACGGAUGCGGCGAGUUCAUGCCGGCGGGAGAGGACGGGAGUCUCGACGCGCUCAAAUGCGCCGCGUGCAAUUGCCACCGCAACUUCCACCGCAAAGUGACGGAGAGUGAGGGCUACGCGCCUCACCACCACCAAAACAACCACCAGCAGCAGCUCCUCUCGACGAAUUUCUCCUCGUACCACGGCGGGUACCUCCACGUGCCGCAGCCGCUGGCGGCGCUCCGGCGGGACGAGGAGGACAUGUCGAUGGAUCCGAGCGGCGGCGGCGGCGGGGGAGGGUCGAAGAAGCGGUUCAGGACGAAGUUCUCGGCGGAGCAGAGGGAGAAGAUGAUGGCGGUGGCGGAGCGGCUGGAGUGGCGGAUACAGAAGGAGGACGAGGCGGUGGUGCAGCAGUUCUGCGCGGAGGCGAACCUGAAGCGGCACGUGUUCAAGGUGUGGAUGCACAACAACAAGCAUACCCUGGGCAAAAAACUGCCGCAAUCCUGAUCGCCGGAAGCUUAUCUAUCGUCUCCGGCCGAUCGAUAUUCUGGCAUUGCUUCUGUAAUUAGAGAACUCAUCACCGCCGAUCAUCAUAUCAAUGAGUUGAGAUUAAUUAAGAAAUUGUUCUGCCUGCCUUAAUAUAAUUAGCUUCCUUAAUUAUAUAUAUUUAACCUAUGUAGUUAUUACUACCGGCUUCAUUUUUUUUUGUUAUCAUAUCUUAUUUGUCUCUUUCUGUAUUUAAUCUGUACUCUGCUAGAGUACCGGUCAAUCAGUUGCAAGAGAUUGAUGAGAGCAUCUCUUAUGAUUAUUAUGGAUUAUUAUAUUUAUUUAGACAAUUAAUUAAUUGUGUCUAGGGUGAUUUAGUUCUUUAAUCCGGAGUAUUUAAUCUCAAUAUAAUUUUCACGUUAAAUUUGC